UAUAUGUCGUCGUAUUUAACAAUCUCGCCCCGAGCAGAAGGGCGACGACCCAGCGUCUAAUGACUAGUGUGCGCUGUCGCCUGACAUCACCCCAAAGGCGGCACUGCCUUGUUUUGUCAGACACGGUUGCUAUGCCUGCAAGAACAGAACCGAAGCGGGGAUAAAAAAAAACAAAAAAAAACGGGGACAGACGGUCGUGUGGACGCACCCUAAGAUGGAAUGCAUAUGAAAACAGAGAGGUGAUCUGGAGAUGUCAGGACUGCACACUGGUUAUUGCUGCUUGUUGCUUCUCACAGUUUUGUCCCUCGUGCUGCCCGCUUUGGGGAAUGUGGUCCGGAGGAAUUCUGAGGAUACAGUGACUCCAGCUGAAGACACAGAUGAUUCUGGUAAUAAAGUGACUCCGUCCCCUGGAGGCUGUAAGGAGGUUCAGUAUCCCUGCACCCGCGUAUAUUCGGUACAGAAGCCGGUCAAGCAGUGUAUCAGCUACCUAUGUGUCACCAGCGUCCGGCGCGUCUACAUGGUGAAUAAAGAGAUCUGUACAAAGAUCAUGUGCAAGGAAGACGAGAUCAUUCAAGAUGAAAAGUGUCGCCAGCUCGCUGGGCUCCCUCCACGCCGCCAGCCAGAACUUCAAGAACCUGCAGAGGGCGCACCUGACGAGAACUAACUACAAAAAACAUCGUCUAUAAACCCCCAAUAUUAUACACUCCGGUGGUGGGGUGACCUUCUUCAGAACACUGAAUUUAGUAGCAUUAUUGUCCCAUACACCGCCUUGUCCCAUACACCGACCCCAUUACCAGUUUAGUCUCUAUGCAGAUGCCAUCUUUGGUGGUGUCGGCAUGGAUUAACGCGAGGGUCAUUGCACAUAGGGGACACUUUUUUUUUUGAGAAAUUAAUUUGCACAAUCUAUUCUGGUCUCAUAACCUUCCUACCUGAUCAGAUCUGUAUUUUUUAUUCAUAGGGGGCAGUAUUAUAGUAGUUAUAAUCUUGGUCAUAAAGGGGAAGUAUUAUAUUAGUCUUACCUUUAUACCUAGGAGGCGGUAUUAUAGUGUGUAGACACCUGAUCGUCGCUCCUCCAUAUUUGGACACCUAGGGGGCAGUAUGAAUGUGCUCGGAUUAUAUAAUAUCCAGCAGUAGGCAAGAAUUGGCAAAGGAAAAAUAUAUAAAUGUGUACUCCAUCAUAAGGGAUGGACACAGUAUAUGACAGUUUAGGCUGUGUUCACACAGGGAGUUUAAUUAGCAGUACUGCUGCUAAUUACCCCCAUAAUUUUACCACAAUUUUCGGAAUCGCUGUGAAAAUGUUGCAAUUUUCUUGCAAAUAGCUAAAUCUUAACGUGAUUAUUCAAACUGUAGUUACAUUUUGAAAGCGAUUUCAGAAAAUAGCAGUAAAAUUGCUGCAGUAAUAAUCAGCAGUGCUGCUAAUUAAAUACCCCAUGUGAAGACAGUCUCAGGGUAGGGUCACACGUAGCGCAUCUGCAGCGUUUUUGACACUAUGGAUGCGCUACUGACCAUCCCUGUGGAGUGUGUCUCUGGCUGUGCCCGUGCGUCCUGCUUACAGCAGCAAUCCGCCGCUAUGAGCAGACACAGAGGGAGCUGUGUGUUGGUGCACGCAUGUUCAGUACACUCCAGACAACGCGGCCACUCCCCCUGCUCCCUUAGCUAGGCCGAGAGCGGCCGUGAUGUCUGGAGUACACUGCGCAAGCAACUCACAGCUCCCUCUGUGUCUGCUCGUAGUGGCUUUUAGAGUGCUGCUGCGAGCAGGACACAUGGGCACAUCCAGAGGCUGACUCUAGGGAUUGUCAAAUACACUGCGGAUGCGCUACGCGUGACCCUACCCUUACUGAGACAUUCAUGCUGACAUUAGCUGGGACUAGAAGUUUAGGGAGCAGUAUUUACCUCAGCUUGUAGGAGGCCGGGCUGUAUACUGGGGUCUGGGAUCAGCGUAGGACUCAUCUACAGGGAUAACUCAGUUGCACUACAUAAUACAUGACAUUGCCCUUUUAAAAUAUCUGUGCCUCUGUAUCCAUAUACAUGUAGUGAUGUAACAAUUGCAAUAUAAAGACAUUUAAUAAGGCCAGCUGUACCUUCUAUUGUAUAAUAUACAUGUAUACCUGUACUGCUAUAAUAUAUGCCAAGCAGAGGGACCCGUGAUAAUGUUUUUGCAUCAUUGGACCUAACUAAUAAAAUUCAAUUUUCUGU